AUGGAUGCAUUGAUCAAAUGUUUCUGGUGGGGUGCAAAGGCGAGCAGAAGUCAUUACCUUGCGUUCAAAAGUUGGGGGAGUUUAUGCCAACCUAAAAAGGCAGGAGGAUUGGGAUUCAGGAAGUUUAAGGAUAUCAACAUAGCUCUCCUUACGAAGCUCGGUUGGAAAUUAGCAAAGGGAGAGGAAAGCCUUUGGACCAGACUCUUAAAAGCCAAAUAUUUGAAAAAUAAAACCUUUUUUGGGUGCAAGUUCAAAGCUGGGAAUUUUUAUGUUUGGAAAAGCAUUCUUUGUUCAAAAGAUUUGAUUCAAAGGGGCUCUUGCUAUAAAGUUGGAAAUGAUUGGAGUAUCGAUCCUCGGCAGGAUCCCUGGGUUAUGGAAGUUGAAGGAAAAGUUCCCAAAAUCAAAGAGGGAGUUGAUGAUUCCCAAGUUAGGCAUGUUGCAAAUCUGUUGAAUCCUGAUACUUGCAUCUGGGAUGAAGCAAAGCUUUAA